CAGCCGCCUCAGGUGGGGGCGAGGGGGCGCUGGAGCUCCGCCCUCCGGGAGCCGUUAGCGGAGAGCCGGCCGCGCUGCGAGAAGGAGGCGGCGGCGGCGGCGGCGGCAGUAGCCGUCGCCGCCGGGGGCGGUGGCCCUGCUGGGAGCCCUUCCCUGGGGUCGGGCUCGUUGGAGACCCGUGGCCCUGAGGAGAGCUACGCGCGCGGAGCGGGGGUGAUGGGGCCGAGAGCGCGGGCGGCGGCGCGGCGGUGGUGACCGCGGAGAAGCCCGGAGGCCGGCCUGCCCUCGCCCCGCGUCCCGUCCCCGCCGGCGCCCCGGGCCGGCGGCGGCAGCGUUCGCGGCGGCGGCGUCGUCGCGGCAAGCGGGCCCGGGGGCGGCGGCACGGGUGGUGGCCGUGGUCGUGGCCGUUACGGCGGAGCAGCCCUUCCCGGCCGAGUGCGGGGCCCGGCGGGCGGGUGCGGGCCGGCGGGCGCCGCGCGGAGGCCCCGGCCCCGCGUCCUCGAGCCCGCGCAGCCCGGCUGCGGAAGCAGCGAAGGCGUCACCGGCGGCGGCGGUCCAUGGAGCUGGAGAACCUCGUGGCGAACUCGCUGCUGCUGAAGGCGCGCCUCGGAGGAUAUGGCAAAAAAAGUGGUCGUAGUAAAAAAUGGAGGGAGAUGCUGAAGCUACCCCCUGUUAGCCAGUGCAUCGAGCUUAGACAUUCCAUUGAAAAGGAUUAUAGCAGUCUCUGUGACAAGCAGCCAAUAGGAAGACUGCUCUUCCGGCAAUUCUGCGACACCCAGGACAGCCCGAAGCGGUGCAUUGAGUUCCUGGAUGCGGUGGCAGAAUAUGAAGUCGCCCUGGACGAGGACCGAAGAGAGCGUGGACAGUUAGUCUUAGACACGUUCUUCAUCAAUGAGACCGCGGCCGCCCCUUUGCCCCGGAUUUCUGCCCGCGUGGUGAGAGCGUGCAGGCUGCGGCUGAAGGAGAUCCCCUCCAAAGAGCUGUUCAAGGAAUGUGUCAGAGUUGUCCAUCGCUUUUUAAGUGGAAAACCAUUUGAAGAAUACCAAGAAAGCCCAUAUUUUUCUCGAUUUUUACAGUGGAAAUGGCUGGAAAGGCGGCCAGUAACAAAGAAAACAUUUAGACAUUACAGAGUUCUAGGAAAAGGUGGAUUUGGAGAGGUUUAUGCCUGUCAAGUGAGAGCUACGGGGAAAAUGUAUGCCUGCAAAAAGCUAGAAAAGAAAAGAAUAAAAAGGAGGAAUGGGGAAGCCAUGGCCCUGAAUGAGAAAAGACUCCUAGAAAAAGUGCAAAGUAGAUUUAUAGUGAGCUUAUGCUACUCGUACGAAACCAAAGACUCCCUGUGCUUGGUGCUCACCCUCAUGAACGGAGGGGACUUGAAGUUCCACAUCUACAACCUGGGCAGCCCCGGCUUCGACGAGCCGAGAGCGGUGUUCUACGCGGCGGAGCUGUGCUGCGGCCUGGAGGACCUGCAGAGGGAACGGAUCGUGUACAGAGACCUAAAGCCCGAGAACAUCCUCCUGGACGACCGUGGACAUAUCCGGAUUUCAGAUCUUGGCUUAGCCCUGGAGGUCCCAGAAGGGGAGACAGUUCGCGGACGAGUUGGAACAGUCGGCUACAUGGCUCCUGAGGUUAUCAAUAAUGAACCCUACGCCUACGGCCCGGACUGGUGGGGGCUCGGCUGCCUGCUCUAUGAGAUGAUUCAGGGACACUCUCCCUUCAGAAGAUUCAAAGAGAAAGUCAAGCGGGAGGAGGUGGAGCGGCGCGUGAAGGAGGACACGGAGGAGUACUCCCCGCGGUUCUCGGAGGACACCGAGUCCAUCUGCAGGAUGUUACUCACCAAGAACCCCCAACAGCGCCUGGGCUGCAUGGGUGACGGAGCCGCUGGCGUGCGAAAGCACCCCGUGUUCAAGAGCGUUAACUUCAAGAGGCUGGAAGUACACAUGUUAGAGCCCCCGUUCUGCCCCGACCCGCAUGCGGUUUAUUGUAAGGACGUCAUGGACAUCGACCAGUUCUCCACGGUGAGAGGCAUCUACCUGGACGCCGCCGACACCACCUUCUACAGCCAGUUUGUCACGGGCUCUGUCUCCAUCCCCUGGCAGAAUGAGAUGAUCGAGUCGGAAUGUUUCAAGGACAUCAACGAAAGUGAAAACGAGGAAACUUGGGACUUGCGUCUAGAAGACAAAAGCUGCCACCUGGGGCCAGCCCGCCCGCGGAGGGCAGGCUUCUUCCACAGGCUCUUCAGCAGAGGGGGCUGCCUGAAUUAACCCUGGAGCUGCCCGCGGGACUGGUGCAGAGCCGACCCCACGCCCGGAGCUGCUCCGUGUUCGUCCUCUCUCUGAAUUGCAAUAAACAGGUCUGACGCAUCUUAAAA